AUGGAGAGCCUGCUAGAGAACCCGGUGCGCGCCGUGCUCUACCUCAAGGAGCUCACGGCCAUCGUGCAGAACCAGCAAAGCCUCAUCCAUACCCAGCGCCAGCGCAUCGAUGAGCUGGAGCGGCGUCUAGACGAGCUGAGCGCGGAGAACCGCAGCCUGUGGGAACACCAGCAGCUGCUGCAAGCCCAGCCUCCGCCUGGGCUGGUUCCCCCGCCGUCUGCCCCACUGCCUGCUUCUGCAGCCACUGCUCCUGCCGCCGCUGCGGCCCAGGAACCGCUUCAGGACCACGGACAGCUCAUACCCGCCACGCCGGAGCCGCCGCUUCAGCACCACGGACAGCUCCUGGCACAGCCCCAGCCGGCACCCAGCAGCAGGGUUCAGACUCCCCAGUCACCCCACCAGCACCCGGUGGCACCCGGGGUCAUAGCUGACAAGGAGAAGGAGCGACCCUCGAGUUGUUGUGCUGCCGCGGGAGCCCUGCUUCAGCACGCAUCCCCCGCCGCCCUCGGCAAGGGCGUCCUGAGCAGGAGACCCGAGAAUGAGACCGUGCUGCAUCAAUUCUGCUGCCCCGCCGCUGACACCGAGCAGAAGCCUGCCUGCUCCGACCUGGCUUCCCACAGUGAUGGCUCCUGUGCCCAGGCCGGUGGGGGCAUGGAGGACUCCGUGGUGGCAGCGGUGGCAGCCGGCAGACCCAGUGCCCAUGUCCCGAAGGCUCAAGCCCCGGAGCUACAGCAGGAGGAGGAGCGGCCAGGGGCGGUGGGCUCCCCACGGGCUGGCCCCCUCCGCGCGGCCACCCCUGGCCAGCAGCAGCCUGCCCUGGCGACGGCGCUCUGCUCCCACACUCCUGCUGCCUCCGAGUACGAACUCUCCCUUGACCUAAAGAAUAAACAGAUUGAAAUGCUAGAACACAAAUACGGGGGCCACCUGGUAUCCCGACGCGCCGCGUGCACCAUCCAAACCGCUUUUCGCCAGUACCAGCUCAGCAAGAACUUUGAGAAGAUCCGUAACUCGCUCCUGGAGAGCCGCCUGCCUCGGCGGAUCUCCCUGCGCAAGGUGAGGGCGCCCACAGCGGAGAGCCUGGUGGCAGAGAAGGCGCUCCUGGAGGGCUGUGGGCUCCUGGGGCUCCCGCUGGGGCGCUCGCCCUCGCUGCCGCCCACCUUCGCUGGCUCGCUCACCGAGCUGGAGGACUCCUUUACCGAGCAGGUGCAGUCCCUGGCCAAGUCCAUCGACGACGCCCUCAGCACCUGGAGCCUCAAGACCAUGUGCUCGCUGCAGGAGAGUGGCGCGUACCAGCUCCACCAGGCGCUGCACCCGAGUGCGGGACAGCCAGGCCUGGAGACCGAGGCGGCGCUGGAGCCAGAGAGUGGCCCGGGGUCUGGAGAUGAGGCCGGUGGCCUGCCGCAGGGUCACAGCGGUACCCUCAUGAUGGCUUUCCGGGACGUCACGGUACAGAUCGCGAACCAGAACAUCUCUGUCUCCUCCUCCACCGCCCUGUCUGUGGCCAACUGUCUGGGCGCACAGACCGCCCAGGCCACAGCCGAGCCUGAGGCCGCCCAAACCGAACAAGGGGACACCGCGGCUCAGGAGGUCUCGGAAGUCCCAGCCUCGGAACAGAUGGACCCACCCAGUGAGGACUCAGAGGCAGCGGAGAGCCGCGCCCAGACCGCACAGGCACCCGCGGUGGCCGAGGCCGCCGUGGAGGAGGCGGUGGCUACGGAGGCAGAAGAGGAAGAAGGGGCCAGGCAGGCAGGGAAAGAGGCGGAGGCCGAGGGAGGUGACAACUCGGAGCAGCUGAGCAGCAGCAGCGCUUCCACCAAGUCCGCCAAAUCUGGCUCAGAGGUCUCUGCUGCCGCUUCCAAGGAGGCCCUGCAGGCGGUGAUCCUGAGCUUGCCGCGUUACCACUGCGAGAACCCAGCCAGCUGCAGGUCCCCCACGCUUUCCACCGACACCCUGCGCAAGCGGCUCUACCGCAUCGGCCUCAACCUCUUCAACAUAAAUCCAGACAAGGGCAUCCAGUUCCUGAUCUCACGCGGCUUCAUCCCUGACACCCCCAUCGGUGUGGCCCACUUCCUCCUCCAGCGGAAAGGCCUCAGCCGCCAGAUGAUAGGAGAGUUCCUGGGCAACAGCAAGAAGCAGUUCAACCGGGACGUGCUGGACUGUGUGGUAGAUGAGAUGGACUUUUCCAACAUGGAGCUGGAUGAAGCCCUGAGAAAGUUUCAAGCGCACAUCCGCGUGCAGGGAGAAGCCCAGAAGGUGGAGCGACUCAUAGAAGCUUUCAGCCAGCGCUACUGCAUGUGCAAUCCCGAGGUGGUGCAACAGUUCCACAACCCAGACACCAUCUUCAUCCUGGCCUUUGCCAUCAUCCUUCUCAACACCGACAUGUACAGCCCUAACAUCAAGCCCGACCGGAAGAUGAUGCUGGAAGACUUUAUCCGGAACCUACGAGGUGUGGAUGACGGCGCAGACAUCCCCAGAGAGCUGGUGGUUGGCAUCUAUGAGAGGAUCCAGCAGAAGGAGCUCAAGUCCAAUGAGGACCAUGUCACAUACGUCACCAAGGUGGAGAAGUCUAUCGUGGGCAUGAAGACGGCUCUGUCCAUGCCACACCGCCGCCUGGUCUGCUGUAGCCGGCUCUUCGAGGUGACCGAUGUGAACAAGCUCCAGAAGCAAGCUGCACACCAGAGAGAAGUGUUCCUCUUCAAUGAUCUGCUGGUGAUUCUCAAGCUGUGUCCAAAGAAGAAGAGCUCCUUCACCUACACCUUCUGCAAGGCGGUCGGCCUGCUAGGCAUGCGCUUUCAACUCUUCGAGAACGAGUAUUAUUCCCACGGCAUCACUCUGGCAACCCCGCUCUCGGGCUCCGAGAAGAAGCAGGUGCUGCACUUCUGUGCCCUGGGCUCCGAUGAGAUGCAAAAGUUCGUGGAAGACCUGAAGGAGUCCAUCGCUGAGGUGACGGAGCUGGAACAGAUUCGGAUAGAAUGGGAACUGGAGAGGCAGCAGGGAACAAAGACGCUCUCUGUAAGGUCUGCUGGAGCCCAGGGGGAGCCACAGUCGAAGCAAGGAUCACCCACAGCCAAGAGGGAGGCGAUGGCAGGAGAGAAAGCGGCGGAGAGCUCGGGGGAGGUGUCAAUUCACAACAGGCUUCAAACGUCCCAGCACAGCCCCAAGUUGGGGGUCGAGAGGGGAGCACCUGCACCAUCACCACCAACAUCACCGCUGCCGUUGCCGCCAGACCCACAGCCUAGCCCCCUGAGGGAGCAGCCCCCGCCGCUGCCACUGCCACCACCCACACCCCCAGGCACCCUGGUGCAGUGCCAGCAAAUUGUCAAGGUCAUUGUCCUGGACAAACCCUGCUUGGCCCGCAUGGAGCCACUGCUGAGCCAGGCUCUGUCCUGCUAUGCCUCAUCCUCCUCAGACUCCUGUGGCUCCACACCCUUGCGUGGUCCAGGCUCCCCAGUGAAGGUCAUCCACCAGCCUCCACUGCCCCCGCCCCCACCCCCAUACAACCACCCUCAUCAGUUCUGUCCCCCGGGCUCCAUGCUGCUCCGACGCCGUUACUCCAGUGGUUCCAGGAGCCUGGUGUAGGCUCUACCCUUAGCGUCCCGAUGCUCCAACGGGCUUUCCCUCAGGAACCUGGGCUGCUCCUUGGCACUCCUCACAUCUUGGUGUAAUGCCUUCCUGGCCACUGGUCACUGUUGUGGAAAGAGAACGCCCUGGCAAGAUGGUUUGCUUGACCCAACCAUCCUUCACUAACUGAUUUGAGUCCCUCACCACCAAUAUGUACCACCUUCUCACUACUCUAGGGGUCCCACAUGGCCAGAUGGGCCUUCUCCUCUGUGUUUACCAUGCUCCCCUAGUUAGAUUGUAGAUUGAAGGAAACUGAAGCCAAGGGGCCUGUGGGCUGAUGGGCUUGCAAUCUUGGUCUAUUAGUGUCCAUGUCUUGGGCCAAGAGCCAAAGGCUGGACCUGCCAGCAGCACACCCCAGGACAGGGGCAGGCUACCCCAGCAGAAGGUGUAUCUAUGGCCAAGCUGAAUCAAGGGAAGCUAUCUCUGGCUCCCUAGUUGGGCCUAAGCGUAGUAGGAGCUUUGUCUGCUGCAUCUGUUAUCCAAACCUAUAGUCAGGAAACUGGUUCUUAACUCCCCAGGGACAUUGGCUCCCUUAAACAUGUCUGCUCUCCUGCCUCCCCCAGAUCCAGGAAAGAUCCAAGAAAGAGAAGGGGGCGGGGUAUUCAAUUCUAUCUGGGUCAGUUCAACAUGGCCCUGGGACUGUGAGGUCACGUCUGCAAAGUGCACUCUUCAAGAACAUUUCUUGGUUCUCUAGCCUUAAACACUUGGCCAGUACUGAGUGUACACAGGCAGUUAUCCAUAAACACAUGUGAGAACCGGGUUGAUGACUUCCUUGUGGAACCAGAAGCAAAGGAAAUGGGGUGCAGGUCUGACCAGCAGAGGUAUGACUUGGCCUGGACUCAGGGGUUCCUGGUGUAUGACUCUGCAGCAGUCUCUAGUGAACCCAGACAAGGUGAAGCAGUGGGGUUCCAGAGUCACUGUGUCACCCCUGUUGCUUUAGCCUUGAAGCAUACACUCCCUGGAAAAUAUACACUGGCUUCCAGCAAGGAUGGCCUAGAGUUCCUGGACCUUCGAAACUGCAGAGCAGAGCCGAACAGAGAAAGCUCAUCCACUUUCUGGGCCUACCAAAGUCAGCACAGGUAGCCCUGGCCCUACAGAGCCCCAGAGACAGCAGGGAUGGUGUCAUGGGCUGUCACAGAGACAACAGGGAUGGCAUCAGGGACUGUCAGACAACAGGGAUGGUGCCAGGGACUGUCACGCUCAUGCUGUUUUCAGAGACACCUGUCACAAUCCAGACCAGCCUCCUUUGUCCUAUGCCAACAGCUAUUUCUGACCAUCCUCAAGUUGUCCUCCUACUCAGAGCCUGUUUUUAAAGUUUCCCAAGAGGCAAUGUGACCACACAGUGACCACAGCCAUAGUCGGAAGUGAAUUGGCUUUUCCUGGUCCCCACUACACAUGCCAAGAUUCAGUACUCUGAACCAGAUAGGAGGCUUAAGAAACCCAGGCUUUUAGAGGGGCCAUUUCACAUGCAUGUAUGUGUGUGUGUGUGUGUGUGUGUGUGUGUGUGUGUGUUCACACAAAGGUCAUUAUGAUGUCACCCAGGGUGUUUCUGGCCUAUUCCUAUAACUUUUGGCCAAUGUACUAUCUCCCCAAGGCUCCCUGCCUGUGUUUUUCUGAGUUGGCUGCCUUGUGCCCUCGGGAGCACCAGUAUUUCAGAAAAUCAUCAGACUCUGUCAGGCUGGAAGAGCUGGCAGAUAGGUGUCAUGCUUAGACACCUCGCCCAUUUGGGCAGGAGCAGAAAGGGUAGAGCCUGGGGAACACACAGAGCUUUGAUUGUGAUUGGAUGAACGAGAUCACUGAAAAUAGAGGGGAAUUUAUGAGUAAUACGGAGGACAUGCGGUAUGAAGGAGAGUGAGUUAUGAAUGUGUCUUAGCGUGUUUCUAGAGUAGAGGUCAUGAUGUCAAGAGCUGAUGAAGAGGGACGUAGCCCUGGAUAGCCCAGUUCCCAUGGCAAGCCCUGCUCCCUGCUCACAUCUGGCUUCAUGCUAACAAUGCCCUCUGUCCCUCCCACCUCAGCUGGAGCUCGACUUUCCAGAUGAGCUCCAGCAUCCGCGGAGGUUUGGGGCCUGGCCCACCUGUGCAGGCUCUGAGAACCCAGAGUCUCAGCGCUGUGCACCUUUCCUCCAGGGAGAGGUUUGCUCAGGGUUGCUGCAGUAGCUCUCCUACACCCUGCUAGCCAGAGCAAAGUCCUGCCCAGGAAGCUACACUGCUUGGGGUCACAACACGGGACAGCCCUGAGCUGACAGGACUUUGAGCCCCCAGUAUCCCAGAGCAGGCAGGAACUGGCUCACCUUACUGGUCAGACAAAGUUAGAGCCUUGGCACCCAUCCUCUUAUCAGCCAACCUGCAAAUGGUGGGAUUCACCUGUUUCUCAGUCCCUAGAGACCUGGGAGAAGCCUCCUCCCCUCCCCCUGGCAGGGCCUCCAGUUUUCAUAGAGGCCCAGAAAGAGGCUCUUGAGUCUCCAGUUGUCUCAAAAUGAAGGGAGCAGUGGAGUGCUAGCUGAGCUCCCAGAUCCAAGCACCCUAAGAUGCUCCAGUCCAUCAACUCUCAAGGCCUUACUUUGGGGAGCCUGGGCCCCUCUUCCAAUUUAUCCAUCUGGCCCCAACUCCAGAACCAAGUGGGAGGUGGAACCAGCCUUCUUACCUCUUUUUAGGCUAUCCCACCUAAUGUAGUCCUUUCUUGGCAGCCUUUCCUAGAAGCUGGCCUGUCUGUCUUUUCAUCUGCAAAGAUACCUUGCUCCCACAAAUAUGUAUUGGUCUUAGGUCUUUGACCCCCCCCUAACACACACACACACUCCAAUGUCCAAAGAGUGCCAGGAUGUCUCUGUUACCCGGUAGAGGUUCCUGAUGUCAUUCAUCUGUCUGUCUCUGCAUCAGCUGUCCAUCUUCCAGCGGCACACCUCCUUCCCUGCUCACCCCUCACCAGAUGGAGUGACAGCUCUCUGGGGACAGGCAGGGUGGCUGUACUCAGCAACUAAUCCAAAUGGCAAAUAUUUUGUAACUAAAUAGCCCAGAGGUAUUUUAUCUGUUCAAUUCCUAGAGUUUUAGAGAUUCUAUUGAACUGCGUCACUUGAGCAAA